UCACUUCAAUAUAUUUUUGGAACAAAAAUAAUCGAGGCAUUUAUUACUAGUCUACACAAUAUGGUAUUGAAAAUGGAUCUCAUUUUGUAGAGCACAACAAAUUCGUUCCUUCUGUGCAAAUAAUUUUAAAAUUCAAAUUAGAACGAAGAAUAUAAGUGUCAAUCAAGAUAACUGUAGAAUAUUAAAAAACUUAAUUCUUAGCCUUUAAAUCUGUUCCUUCUUAAAAUGAAGGAUCCAAAUCUUGUUAUGCAAGUUAUGCACUCUAUCCAUAACUCUUUUACUCGGCUUCGAUGUAAGACUUGGGCUCGAACACGUCAAUUGUGAUUGCAAAUCACCUCCAAAAAUCUACUAAUCUCCAAAUCACUAAAUGGGUUGAUAAUUGCAAUUGAUGCAAGAGAUUGGGAUGGGUAACCCUUUUACUGGGCUUCGAUGUAAGACUUGGGCUCGAACUCGUCAAUUUUGAUUACAAAUCACCUCCAAAAAUCUACUAAUCUCCAAAUCCCUAAAUGGGUUGAUAAUUGCAAUUGAUGCAAGAGAUUGGAACGGGUUGGUGUGCCUAGCCUUGUUGCAUACAUGUACCCACCCUGACAAUGCUACUAAGUAUUACCGCUCUCACUCUCAUAAAUAUUUAUCAAAAUGUUAUUAGUCUAAAGUAGGGCUGGGAAUUCGAUCCUGGUUUUUCGGUCAAACCGUAAACUGGCGAAUUUAAAAUGUGUUGGUUGUAACCGGAAACCGAAUUCCAACCAACCCAAUCUAGUUUUCGGUUGUAGUAUCUAUACAAAAGACCUCGGUCCCAUCCGGUUAAAACCGGGUAACUGGAUAGCCUAGUACAACCCAUCACUGGGCCCAGCUCGCUAACCCCCACCUCAGGCCCAACCCGCACACACCCUAGCCCAGACCGCUCCUUACCCUAAUUCCCAGAGUCCUACUCCUAUCACCUAAACUCGCCUCCCUCUAAAACUCGCAACUGUCACUUUGCUCUAGCGACGCUGCCCUCUCUUCGAUCUCAGACCAAACCCUCCCUCUCGAUCAACCCAGACAAAGACAUGAAAACAUGAAACACCCCCAACUCUCCCUCUGCUCUCCUCUUGGAUCGAAGAAGAAGAAUAGAGCGGCCACCGAUGACCACAUCCCGCCGGUCAAUCGCCUCCUUCCAUCCUCUUCGUGUGACUACUGUCGGUCAACCUCCGCUCUCCAUCCUCGUCGCGUGACUCCUUCGGCCGACAGAGCCUUCUCUGACUCUGUUCUGUCAUCUUCAUCGCCGGUAAAUGGAAGAAAAGAAAGAGACAAGUGAAGGAGAAGCGGUAUCGUGCUUGAUCGGCUUUCACAGGAGAAAAGGUUGAUUCGUGAGGAUUUGGAAUUUGGGAAAGAGAUAAGAAUCGGCGGGAGUGAGGUAGAGCCCCGACUAGAUAUUUCGUUACCCGGCACAGGGUCAAGAGAACUGUCCAAACUUCUCCCCCGAUGCUUCGCCGAUUCUGUGGUCUGGAGCUUUAGUCGGAGGGGUUGGGGAACGGCGAAGUACUAUUUCGCGAGCAAGGUGAAGGGCGGAGGUGGAAGUGGGCGGAGGAGGUUGGGGGAAGGCGAAGUGUCUAGCCAGAAAGGUGAAGGGCGGAGGUGGAAGUGGGCAGAGGGGGUUGGGGGAAGGCGUAGAGUCUCCCCUGCAAAGUUUUUUGUAAUUUUUUAAUAUUUUAUUAUUAAAUAUUUUUAAGUAUAUAUGAUGUGUAAUCUACGUGUCAUUUUUUUAUUUUUCUCUUUCAAUCCACAUCAUUUACUGGGGUCAGAAACACGCCAACUAAGCAUCCACCAUCUGUCCAGUCAUCAAGUUAACUUACGAAGUUAACGGAGUGGACGGAAAUGAAUAUUUCGUAUAUUUCGAUAGUUGUGGAUAUAUUUGUCACAACCGUGAUAGUUGUGGAUAUACAACUGUAUUUUGCCUUUGUUUAAUUCCGGUUUUUGGGUUCAAACCGGAUUGGACCGGCUUCAAUCCAGCCCGGUUUUAGUCAAAACUGGAUGCAAUCCAAACCAUCUCCAGUUGUUGUAUUGGCCAAUACGCUUGGAAAAAACUAGAUUAAUCCGGUCCAAUUUUAAUCGGACCGUACCGUUUCCCACCCCUAGUCUAAAGUCUAAAUGCGACCGCGUCCCUAAUUCUUAUCGAAGCAAUCUCGCGUUUUCAAAAUGAGAUGAUUUGAAGACCGAUCUUUGGUUUAAGCAUUGGUACAAGAGUUAAGGAAUGGCUGUUUGAAUGAAUGUACUUAGGCUUAUGCUUCUCGAUGUUCAGGUUAAGUGAGGUCCAUUUAAUUUUGAACGCAAAAUCUAUAUGCUUUUGAGCACCAAAGAAUUGGUUUACAUAGUUCAAACCUUAAUUGAUAACCAAAACUAUCAAAAUAAGUGGAAACCGCUGAAAAUCAAUGUUCUAAAUAAAAGUACCCUACUGUUCGGUUGAGCCAUAAAUAUCGAGUACCAAAAAUGAUAAAUGAUUUUCAUGAUAGGGGAUUCCCUACGGUAACUUGAAGUAAGGUAACUUAAUUUUUUUUACCAGUUAUAGCAGGUUUCACAUGUCUCAUUACGUAAAAUACAAUAGGCAUUACAUAAUGGUUACGUAACAUAUGGUAAUCUUACGUAACAGUUGUAAAAGAUUAUUACGGAAGACUUACGUAAUAAAAUGUGUCUUUACGUAAUGAGUAUUAACCUCGAGUAACGUAAAAUGCUAAGUUAUUACGGAAGUCUUACUUAACACUACUGAUUUAACUGUAAUGUAAGAAAUAAUUGUCGUUCCGUAACUUUUACGUAAUGGAAGGUCUUUUUACGUAAUGAGUAAUAACCUCGCGUUACGUAAAGUGCUAAGUCAUUACGGAAGUCUUACGUAACGCUUCCAAUUUAACUGUUCCGUAAGAAAUAACUAUCGUUACUUAACCUUUACGUAAUGAAUGUGUAUUUUACGU